GGUCGGUCCUAUGGACAAUAAUAAGUUUGAGGUCGGCGUGAUGCCUAUCAAACUGACUAGCGACGGCUCCUCCUUCUUCACUUCUUACCUCCCAUCAACAGAGGUUUACAAAAUCCAAGAAUUCCACGAGCGGGAGGUCAAGACCCCCGGCAAGAAUUUCAUCGCGCUGGCGGAAGAAAAUCAGUGUUUCAUCAACGCAGCCAAUACCAUUCUAACUUUCCAGGGUCAUCCGGAGAUGUCCGCAGAAUUGACGAGGCUCCUGUUGAAAGAUGUGCCAGAGUAUAUGGGCCGUAAUGCGGCGGAGAAGAAGGCGUUGGAGAUGAAAAUUGAUAGCCGGCACGAUGGGAUGGCGCUGUGGAAGAGGAUCGUAGAGUGGGCUGGCAAGGCGUGA